GGAGGCAGCUCCCGGCGCGGCCCCGCUCCGCCUCUGGCCCCGGCUUCCGGGAGGGGCCCGCGGCCCGGCUCUCGCCCGCGGCCCCGGCCUGGGCCGCCGCCGCCGCCGCCGCCAUGGUGCCCCAGCAGCUGCGCCUCGGCGCCGCCGCACGUGGCCAUGGAGGCUAUGAUUCUGAUUACAGUGAUGAGGAGAAUGAAGAGAAGUCCGUGCAAAAGACUAAAAGCACGAAGGAAGAGAGCCUUCUGGUAAAGCCAUUCCAAAAAGCAAAACAAGGCAAUGUGGCUCACAGACAAUUUGCAGCUGAAGAAUGGGAUAGGGAAGAAGCAAGAAAAAGAAGAUUUCACUUGAUUGCGAUGGAUGCUUAUGAAAGACAUAAAAAGUUUGUGAAUGACUACAUUUUAUACUAUGGUGGCAAAAAGGAGGAUUUCCGACGUUCUGGAGCAAAUGACAAGACAGAUCUUGAUAUUAUAAGAGAAAACCAUAGAUUCCUGUGGAAAGAAGAUGAUGAAGCAGAUAUGAAUUGGGAGAAGAGACUUGCAAAGAAGUAUUAUGAUAAAUUAUUCAAAGAAUACUGUAUAGCAGAUCUCAGUAGAUAUAAAGACAAUAAGUUUGGAUUUAGAUGGAGGCAUGAGAAAGAAGUAAUUUCAGGAAAAGGUCAGUUUUCUUGUGGAAAUAAGCGCUGUGAUGAGGAAGAAGGCCUGAAGAGCUGGGAGGUGAAUUUUGCUUAUGUUGAACAUGGUGAAAAGAGGAAUGCACUCGUGAAAUUGAGACUAUGUCCAGAAUGUUCCUACAAACUAAACUUUCAUCACCGGAGGAAAGAAAUCAAAGCAAGCAAGAAAAGAGGCACAGCUGUACAGAGCUCUAAAGAACCAAAACUUAAGAAGACAAAAUUAUCUCGUUCAACAAAAAAGAAGUCAAAAAAAAAGACCCAUAAAGAUGAGGUUUCUUCAGAAGAUUCAGAUAAUUCUGAUAAAGAUUCAGAUAACAGUGAUGUGCAAGAUGGUCCUUCAGAUGCUGAUUUUUGGAAAGGUCCUCUACAAGAAACAGAUGAAAAAUCACGGGAAGAAGAGUUUGAUGAAUACUUUCAAGACUUGUUUCUCUGAAACUUGAAAUUGAUCGAAAAGUAUUUCCAACAAAUGGCAAGUGUUUACGAGGAUUGUUAAGAGACUGAUCUAUACUAUUCUAUGCGAAGCAGAAAUCCACUGGGGCUCAUUGAAGUUCUUUCUCAAUAUCUUUUCUGUAGCAGAAACAGUGUAUUUGAGACAAAUUACAAAAUUAUACAUGUUUUGGAUUUUCCAUCCUCUCCACUUCCACCACCACCUCGAGCUGCGUUUUCAGCUAAAAAAAAAAAAAAAAAAAGGGAAAGUAAAGUAAGUCUUUUCUGUUACUUUCAGUUGCUCUCAUUUCUUGUUUAAAAAGUGUUGCUUUUGUUAUAAGGAUAUUAUGUGUGUCUGACCUUCUGAAAAUUGAAAGUGUUUUUGCUACUUGUCUGGGAAAAUGGAAUAUGCAACAACAUUACACACUAUACGUACAUGUAAGUAUAUGAAGUACCAGUUGAUACCACAUUUCUCAAAGGACCAAACACACUGAACCACUCUUCCUGGAAAGUUUCAGUAGUUUAUAUAACUCUCCCACACAUACAAAACUGAAGUAUGCAAGCCAUGCAAAAGAAACUCUUGGAUCAAUAUCAUCUUUGAAAAUAUUUUUGCAGGAGAUAAUACAAAAUUUAAUUUGACCUAGUUGUAUGAACUUUGAUCCAAACCCUGCAUGAAUCCCUUGGUAAUAACCAGUUAAGAGAGAGACGGCUUAAAUAUUUCUUAUCCAUAGCUAAUGAUUCUGUUAAUAUCUCACUCAAAUGAUUCCACAGAUGUUUAUUGGUCACAGUUAAGAUUCUUUCAAUGUAAUAAAUUGUGUUUCCAGAUUCAUUUAAGGUAAGAUACCAAUAUUAGAAUUAAAACUUACAUUUGAAAGCUGUGGAUCACCAUGUUACUAGGUCAUUUUCGACCCUUUCCACCUGCAUUGAAACAUGUCACAUAAUCAGUGUCCUACCCUCUGUAAUUUGUGGAUAUAAUCAACACUAUGUUACUAAAUAUGUAUUUUAUUGUCUUAGUUAAAUACUGUAUACUGUUUUAGUUUCUGUUCUGAACUUUCCACUGUAGUGGUUCAGCAAAUAUGUUUAUUUUGUUUUCUGUCUACUGAAUGGCUCAGAAUAGCCAGGUCAGUGUGAUCUAGAGAAAUGACCGUGGUUCAGCAUGCAUCAUGUUAUUGUUUGUAUGAACUGACUUAACAAACGCAUAUAUUUACAUGGCCUUGAUUUGACAGUGUCAGAUCUGUUCUUCACAAAUGUGCAUGGCCUCAUUCCAAUGCACAUUUUAAAAGAGACAAAAUAAUUCACUUAUAUUUUUUUAUAUUAACUAUGAUAUGCAAAGAAGACCAGAUCCUUAGCUCCUCUAAAUCAGUCUGUCCAUGCCAGCCUGUGUAAAGUUCCCUGUGGGAAAAUACUUCUUUCCCUAAGUCAGUGAUAUAAGUGAAUCCAAAAUACCAUGGAUGUGAGAUGGUCCUACCUUCAAAUGGGAAUAUCAGUACAUGAUUCUUCCUAAAGUAAGUCCUAAAUUCCUUACGUAUUAUUUUAUUUUUAGCUAAGAGGAACAUUAAGAGCAUAGAAUCAGACUUCAGUAACUAUUCUCUUUGCCAAAAAAGCAAAUAUGCAACGAGGUUUGGCUUUUGCUGGUAUUUCUGUGAAACUCAGAUGCUUACAUCCCAGUGUUCAUAUUCAGAACCAGCUAGUUCUCAGCAAUAAAUUAAUAAGAUGGUAAGAUUAAUUGGAAAAAAAAAAAAAAAAGCCUUUUAAAAUCAAACUGAGAGAGAAUGGAGUGGGCAUAAUUCCUAUGAGAUUCUAAGUGCUAUCACAGUGUGA